AUUACCGCAUACCUUCCAUUUUUUUAAUGGGAUUUCCUUCCACUAUAGUGGAGAAGAAAGGGUGAGAGCAUCUUUGCCAGCGAGGAAAUUGAAGGAUCGAAGCUUUCACUGAAAGGGAAAGGAUGAGCAGUCAAAGCUGCGAUUUUUUCCCCGCCUCGCCCUUCCUCGCGUUUAAAUCUCCAUCUGUUGGCUCUGAGCUCGACCGCAUAGCAUCCCGAGUACUCCUGGCUCAGAGCAGGGAAAGUCGAGACCUUUGAUGGGGAGGAAGAGGUGGGAAGGUGCUGCUGCAAUGGCAGCCAGCUCACCUCCUCUCGCCUCGGAGAAGAAGCCAUGGUGGCUGAGUAACAAGAAGGUGGUCGACAAGUACCUGAGGGAAGCCCGGUCUCUCAUCGCAACGCAAGAGCAGUCCAACGUAGUCUCCGCGGUAGGCCUCCUCGACGCCGCCCUCGCCCUUUCCCCGCGCAUGGAGGCCGCGCUCGAGCUCAAGGCCCGCUCCCUCCUCUUCCUCCGUCGCUUCCGCGAGGUGGCCGACAUGCUGCAGGACUACAUACCCAGCUACAAGGCCGACGACCGAUCAGGGGAUGGCGAUUCCACCUCUUCCUCCCUCGGCGCCGCCGGCGACCACUCCAUGGCUUCCUCCGCGCCGCUGACCAGGGAGCGCGCCAAUCUCCUAUCCCCUGGCCGAGAGAGGUCCGACGGCGACCACUCGUUCCGAUGCUUCUCCGUUUCCGACCUCAAGCGCCGUGUGCUGGCAGGCAUGUCCAAGAGCUCUGACAGGGAAGGCCAGUGGAGGUAUUUGGUGCUCGGACAGGCUUGUUGCCACCUUGGGAUGAUGGAGAACGCGAUGGUUCUCCUCCAAACAGGCCGCCGUCUCGCCUCCGCCGCUUUCCGGCGAGAGUCCGUGUGCUGGUCGGACGAUAGCUUCGGCGGCGUCGCGGUUACUGCUCUGCCGCCGUCGGAGAUGGAGUCCGCCUCCUUGCUCCUCUCUCACAUCAAACUGAUCCUCCGGCGCCGCGCCGCCGCCGUUGCAGCGCUGGACGCCGGUCUCCCCGCUGAGGCCAUCCGCCACUUCACCAAGGUUCUGGACAGCCGCCGGGGCCUCCCUGGAAGCUUCGCAGCCGGUUGCCUCAUCGGCCGCGCUGCGGCUCACAAGGCCGCUGGUCGUCUCGCGGACGCCAUUGCUGAUUGCAACCUCGCGCUCGCCCUCGAUCCUUCUUCCAUCUCGGCACUCCGCGCCCGCGCUGACCUCUUCGAGGCAGUGCGCGCGCUCACGGACUGCCUUCAUGAUCUCGAGCACUUGAAGCUCCUCCACGAAGCCAUCAUCCGCGACCGAAAGCUUCCCGGUCCCCGGUGGAGGCCGCACCACGACGUCCGCUACCGUGACAUCCCCGCGAAUCUCCCUGCGCUCACCGCGCGGAUUCAGCAUCUCCGCGGACGCAUCGCUGCCGGGGAGGCCAACAACGUGGAUUACCACACGCUGCUAGGUGUUCGACGUGGGUGUACGCGCACCGAAUUAGGCCGCGCGCACCUGCUGCUGACGCUGAAGCACAAGCCAGAGAAGGCCGUGGCAUUUGUCGAGCGGUUAGAGUUCGCAGACGACCACCGGGACUUCGACUCAAUCCGCGACCAAGCGAGGAUGUCCGCGUCGAUUCUCUAUCGCAUGCUACAAAAGGGGUACGCCAGCGUCAUGACAGCGGUGGUGGCGGAGGAAGUGACGGAGAAACAGAGGGCCAAGGAGGCUGCGGCCGCCACCGCCGCCGCUGCAAUUCAAGUGUCGGCGGCGAUGACGGCAGAGAAACCGAAGGCAGAGAAGGCGUCGGUAUUUCAAGGUGUGUUCUGCCGCGACAUGGCCGUGGUGGGCAGCAUGCUGUCGCACAGGUCGAUUCCAGUGAAGUACGAAGCAUUGAGUUGCUAAUAAAUCGGAUGGCGAUCGGAAUUCGUUAAUUCUGUUCCUAUAUUAUAUAUGAAUGUACAGUCCGGGUUUGGGGGAAUCGAGCGAGGCACGGACGUGAAAUUUUGUCCUGCUAUGCAAUUCUGAAUUACUACAUUUGUUCUUUGAUAUCCAAAUUUCUCUCUUUCCCUCUUCGAUCCUCUGCUUUCUCAUGUAUAAUAUGCCCUAUUUGUCAGUGACUACUGCAAGUAAUAUAAUCCCUGUUCCAGUUCCUCAA